AUGACCGAUGCCAGCAGGAAAGGAGAGCCAGACACAUCGCCCGCCCUAGAUGAGUCAGACCCCGAUCUAGACUAUGAAGAAGAUGAGGAGGACGAAGGGAGGGAGGGUGAGAGGGAAGAAUCGGACACCUGCAGCAUCCUUUCUGAUGACUCUGUGUACCCCAUCUAUGAAUCUGCUCCGUCUGCCAAUGGUGAUGGCACGACGCUCACGUUCUACCAGAUCUGUCUCAAGAACGAUGCAAAGCUAUUGCAGGAGAAAAUUGACAGAGGGGUGACCAGGGAGGAAGUCAUGGAGCUGGACAUCAACGGACGGAACGGCCUAUUGGUGUCAUGUUUCAAAGGCUUCGUAGACAUUGUCACCAUUCUCAGCAAAUGUCCCUACAUAGAUAUCAAUCAUCAGGAUAAUGAUGGAAACACAGCACUCAUGAUAGCAGCUCAGGCAGGACACAUCACUAUUCUCAACUAUCUUCUGAACUACUAUCCAACACUGGAGCUGGAGGUGCGAGACUUGCGGGGUCUGACUGCACUCAUGAAGGCUGCAGUACAGGGGAGGAACGACUGUGUUGCAGCUUUGCUCAUGGCAGGAGCCGACCUCGCAGCUGUGGACCCAGUGAAAGGAAAGACAGCGCGGGAAUGGGCAGCCCUGACGGGGCGCUUUGAAACAAUUGUCCGGAUCCGAACCCUUCUGCAGCGCCCAUGCGCCGAGCAGUUCUGCAGCAAGUACUUGCCGCAGUGGCCCGCUCUGCCCGAGCUGGUGGCGCAAGCAAUGGCCACAAAAUCCAGAGCCAAGCGGCUGUCGGAGACGAUAUGCUCCACCUUCACCAUAAAUUUCCCGCACGACCCUGAGCCGGAUGGUGUGAUGGACCACAUGGUGCGCAUGACCACUUGCUUGGCCAGUCCGUUCGUGGGCACUGCUUGCCAAACCGUCUGCCCUGACAGCCCGCCGGAAGUGGGGAAGCAGAGACUCUCGGUGCCCGAGAUCCUCAAGGAGUACACGCCGGAUCCUGAUGCCAAAUCCAUGGUUAGUGCGUCAGCCUGCAAUGGCCAGCUCAUGACACCCACCCGGGUUCUGGUGCCCUACCGGCCCAGCACCAUCGUCAAGCUGCUGUCGUUCCCCUUGCGCAUGCGCCAUAACAGCAUCUAUCCCGUCCCGAAAAUUGAACUCACCAAGUCGCCUGCUCAGUCGCCACCCAAGGAGAACGUGCCGCCGCGUUCUCAGGACAAGCACAUGCUAGAGCUGCCAAAGUGGCGCUAUAAGGAGCUGAAAGAAGCAAAGAAGAAGAAAGAGGAGGAGGAAGGGAAA